AUGGGAAACAUUCACAGUAGCAACAAUUAUUCUGAGCGGUUUCCUCUAGACAAUUCUUCAGAGGUUGUCUUACGCAAAACCAAGAACCGCAGAUGGCGUGAAGUUGUGGACAUUUGGAGUGCAGAAUACUACUCAUUUGGAAGGACGAACUGCAAACUCGAACUGACCAAAACCAACAGCAAUAAUCAGGAAGUGUUAUGCAUCUCAAUCCAUGACCACGGAUCAGGUCAUGCAAGCGACGAAGUUGAUUUUCAGAUAAACAUGAGAGUUGAAGAAGGUCUUCUAGUGGCAAACGUUACUCUGAAUGGACCAAGAUGCAUGCAGCAACUUCCCGAGAGGAAAAUCCCUACAGCGCAAGGUGGGGUUCUUAAGUCCUCCUCCUUCUUAUACGGAAGGGACACAGACCGAAAGGGCUUUAUUGUAAUUUUAAGGGAAAAGGGAUGUGAUGAUGAUGAAGAACUUCCUUACAUGAUCACUGUGAAGCACUAUUUUGUGGCUGCGUGUAGUUCUCAUGGUGUCUCUGUUGUGGCAAAGAUUCGAAGUAGCGGUGAUGGAGGUUUGAGUGUUGAGAUUGAAAAGGCUUCAAAGCAUCCGAAAGGUGAGUUGUUGAAGAUGUUUGAUGAUGUCAAAGGAAAAGGGUGGCCGCCUGGUCCUGCAAGUUGUGAUGGUGCAAUUGAGUUUUCCAACAAAAACAAUGGUAAUGUCCCGGUGAUGAGCAUGAGCGGCCUGCAAAACAUCUCGUCCCUUUUAAGCGCAGCUGGAUACACUAAUGGCAAUUACAACGGUUCUAUCAUAUUUCGUGACUGUAAAAUUUUGUUUGACAGCGCCAUUUUCGGUCCUAGGAAUUUGUAA